AUGGAGGACGCGCGGCGGCUCCUUUUGGUUUCCUUUCCACUGACUCCUCUCCUCCUUGCUCCCUGCACCGCUGUAGACAGCAAAGCCAUCGUGGACGGGAACCUGAAGCUGAUCCUCGGCAUGAUCUGGACGCUCAUCCUGCACUACUCCAUCUCCAUGCCCAUGUGGGAGGACGAGGAGGACGAGGACGCCAAGAAGCUGACCCCCAAGCAGCGUCCUGGCUGGAUCCAGAACAAGGUGCCCCAGAUGCCCAUCAAAAACUUCCACCGCGACUGGAACGACGGCAAGGCCCUGGGCGCCCUGGUGGACAACUGCGCUCCCGGUCUGUGUCCCGGCUGGGCUGACUGGGACCCUAACCAGCCCGUGGAGAACGCCCGGGAGGCCAUGCAGCAGGCUGAUGACUGGCUCGGCGUGCCGCAGGUGAUCGCUCCCGAGGAGAUCGUGGACCCGAAUGUGGAUGAGCUCUCAGUCAUGACCUACCUCUCCCAGUUCCCCAAGGCUAAGCUGAAGCCUGGAGCUCCCCUGAAGAACAAGCAACUGUUCCCAGACAAGGCCAAGGCUUUCGGACCCGGUAUUGAGCCCCAUGGCAACACUGUGCUGCAGCCAGCUGUGUUCACCGUGGACACACAAGAAGCAGGAAGUGGGGAGGUCCUGGUGUACGUUGAGGAUCCCGAGGGCUACAAGGAAGAGGCGAAGGUGAAGCCCGUCAAGAACAAGAGCGGCACCUACACCGUCACCUACACACCCAAGGUGGAGGGGGUCCACAGGGUGAAAGUUUUGUUUGCGGGUCAGGACAUUGACAAGAGCCCGUACACAGUGAACGUGACGAAGACCAUGGGUGAUGCCAGCAAGGUCCACGCAAGAGGGCCCGGCCUGGACGCCACGGGCAACGUGGCCAACAAACCGACCUACUUUGACAUCUACACAGCUGGCGCCGGCAACGGGGACGUGAGCGUGGUCGUCGUCGACCCCCAGGGCAAGAAAGACACGGUGGAGCUCGUCCUGGAGAACAAGGGCGACAGCGUCUUCCGUUGCACCUACCGGCCCGUGCUUCAGGGCCCGCACGUCAUCCACGUGCUCUUCGCCGGCCAGGAGAUCCCCAAGAGCCCGUUCACUGUGAACGUCGCAGAAGCUCCGCCCGUGGCUCCUCCCACCGGAGUGCCCGUGAAAAUAAUCCCUCAGUCAGUGUGCGCCCCUCCUCCGGGCGCAAAGGGCGGCAAGGGGCCUCUCGCGCCCAAGGCGGGUCGACCAACGAUGAACCCCAGCGUCUGCAGAGCCACAGGCCGGGGCCUUCAGCCUAAAGGGGUCCGGAUGAAGGAGGUGGCGGACUUCCGUGUGUUCACCAAGGGAGCAGGCCCUGGGGAGCUGCAGGUCUCAGUCAAAGGACCGGGAGACACCGAGGAGAAAGUGAACGUGCGGGAAGUGGGAGACGGAGUGUAUGAAUGCGAUUAUGUCCCCCUGAAGCCGGGUAAAUACACCGUCACCGUCACCUGGGGGGGGCAGCCCAUCCCACGCAGUCCGUUCGUGGUGGAGGUGGGCUUGGAGGCCGGCUUCCAGAAGGUCCGGGCUUGGGGGCCGGGCCUGAAGACUGGCAUGGUCGGCAAAUCGGCCGACUUUGUGGUCGAGGCCAUCGGCACGGAGGUGGGGACUCUCGGUUUCUCCAUCGAGGGCCCGUCCCAGGCCAAGAUCGAAUGUGACGACCGCGGCGACGGCUCCUGCGACGUGCGCUACUGGCCCACGGAGGCCGGCGACUACGCCGUGCACGUCAUCUGCGACGACGAGGACAUCAAGGACAGCCCCUUCAUGGCCCACAUCCUCCCCGCCGCCAACGACGUCUUCCCUGAGAAAGUGAAGGCCUUCGGACCGGGUCUUCGGCCGACCGGCGUCGUCGUGAAUAAACCGACAGAGUUCACCAUCGAUGCGCGCAUGGCAGGGAAGGGCCACCUCAAAAUCUACGCACAGGAUGCGCAGGGCUGCACUAUCGACAUCCAGAUCAAUGAGAAGGGCGAUGGGACCUUCCUCUGCGUGUACACGCCGAGCAAGCCCAUCAAACACACCAUCAUCGUCAGCUGGGGCGAUGUCAACGUGCCCAACAGCCCCUUCAGGGUUCUAGUGGGGGAGGGCUGUCACCCAGACAAGGUCAAGGUGUACGGGCCGGGCGUGGAGAAGAGCGGCCUGAAGGCCAACGAGCCGACCUACUUCACCGUCGACUGCGGCGACGCCGGCCAAGGGGAUAUCAGCAUUGGGAUCAAGUGCGCCCCGGGAGUGGUCGGUCCUGCCGAGGCAGACAUCGACUUUGACAUAAUCAAGAAUGACAAUGACACCUUCACUGUCAAGUACACUCCGCCCGGGGCCGGCCGCUACACCAUAAUGGUGCUGUUUGCUGACCAGGAAAUCCCGGUGAGUCCGUUCAAAGUCAAGGUCGAUCCUUCCCAUGACGCGGGCAAGGUGCGGGCGGAAGGACCCGGCCUUAACAAGACAGGAGUGGAGGUGGGCGCGCCAACGCACUUCACCAUCUACACCAAGGGAGCGGGAAAGGCCAGGCCAGAGGUGCACUUUGCUGUCUCUGGCGCCGGAGAGGCCGUGCGGGACUUUGAGAUCAUCGACAACCACGACUACUCCUACACGGUCAAGUACACCGCUCUGCAGCAGGGCAACAUGGCGAUUUCUGUGACCCACGGAGGGGACCCUAUCCCCAAGGGCCCCUUCCACAUCUCCGUGGCCCCCGCCCUGGACCUCAGCAAGAUCAAAGUUGAAGGACUUGAUACGAAAGUGGAGGUCGGGAAGGACCAGGAGUUCACCGUCAACUCCCAGGGGGCCGGCGGCCAGGGGAACGUGGGCGUGAAGAUGACCUCGCCCUCGGGCCGACCCAUCCCAUGCAAGACGGAGUCGGACAAGGCCGGCGGCGCGCACAGCGUCAAGUACAUCCCCCCCGAGGAGGGCCAGUACAAGGUGGAGGUCAGCUACGACGGACACCCGGUGGCGGGAAGCCCCUUCGGCGUGGAGGGCGUGAUGCCGGGGGACCCUUCCAAGGUACGCGCCUUCGGCCCGGGUCUGAAGGGCGGCAUUGUGGGUAAACCGGCCUUCUUCACCGUCGACACCCUGGGAGCCGGCGCCGGGGGCCUGGGCCUGGCCGUCGAGGGGCCCUGCGAGGCCAAGCUCGAGUGCCGUGACAACGGGGACGGCACGUGCUCCGUGACCUACCUGCCCCCCGUGGUGGGCGAGUACGACAUCAACAUCCUGUUCGCCGAGCGCCACGUCCCCGGCUCCCCCUUCAAGGCGGCGGUGCGGCCCGCCUUCGACCCCGCCAAGGUGACGGCCUACGGGCCCGGCCUGGAGCGGGCCCGGGCCGGGGAGCAGGCCUCCUUCACCGUGGACUGCUCCCGCGCCGGGGAGGCGGAGCUCACCAUCGAGAUCGUGUCGGAGAGCGGCGCCAAGGCGGAGGUCCGCGUCCAGAAGACGGCGGAGGGCGCGUUCUCCGUCAGCUACACCCCGCCCUUCCACGGCGCCCACACCGUCACCGUGAAGUACGGCGGCGGCGUCAUCCCCCAGUGCCCCAAGGUGAUCCAGGUGGAGCCCGCCGUGGACACCAGCGGGGUGAAGGUGUACGGCCCAGGGGUGGAGCCCAGAGGCGUGCUGCGCGAGGUCACCACCCACUUCAUCGUGGACACGCGCGCCCUCAGCAAGGCGGGCGGCGGCCGCAUCAAGGUGCACGUCAUCAACCCGUCCGGCGGCAGCACGGAGACCUUCGUCACCGACAAGGGGGACGGGACCUACCGCGUGGAGUACACGGCCUUCGAAGACGGUAUGCAUCUGAUCGAGGUGCUGUACGAUGACGUGGCCGUGCCCAAGAGCCCCUUCAGGGUGUCGGUGGCGGAGGGCUGCGACCCGACCCGGGUGAGGGCCUACGGCCCGGGCCUGGAGGGAGGCGUCACCAACAAGGCCAACUGCUUCACCGUGGAGACCAGGGGGGCCGGUACCGGAGGCCUGGGCCUGACCGUGGAGGGGGCCUCGGAGUCCAAGAUGUCCUGCAAGGACAACAAGGACGGCAGCUGCAGCGUGGAGUACGUCCCCUUCGCCGCCGGGGACUACGACGUCAACAUCACCUACGGGGGCCACCCCAUCCCCGGCAGCCCCUUCCGGGUGCCCGUGCGAGACCCCGUGGACCCCACCAAGGUCAAGUGCUCGGGCCCCGGCCUGGGCAGUGGCGUGAGGGCCCACGUCCCCCAGAGCUUCGCGGUGGACUGCACCAAGGCUGGCCAGGCGCCCCUCGACGUCAAGCUCUACGGGCCGACAGGCACCGCUGAGCCCGUGGGCGUCAAGAACAACGGCGACGGGACUCACACGGUCCAUUACACCCCAGGCCAGGACGGGCCGUACUCCGUGGCGGUCAAGUACGCUGACCAGGAGGUCCCCCACAGUCCCUUCAAGGUGAAGUCCCAGCCAGGCCACGAUGCCAGCAAGGUGCGGGCCAGCGGCCCUGGGCUGGACACCAAAGGGGUGUCGGCCAGCAUCCCCGUGGAGUUCACCAUCGACGCGCGAGAGGCGGGAGAAGGGCUGCUCACCGUGCAGAUCCUGGACCCGGAAGGCAAGCCCAAGAAGGCCAGCAUCCAGGACAACAGGGACGGUACCUACACUGUGUCGUACGUACCGGACUCCGUCGGGAACUACACCAUCACCAUCAAGUAUGGAGGGGACGAGAUCCCGUACUCGCCCUACCGCAUCAAGUCCCUGCCCACCGGCGACGCCAGCAAGUGUCUGCUCACAGUGUCUAUUGGAGGCCAUUGUGUUUCUGGUCUCCAGCGACUCCAGACCUCUGAGGACACGGUGAUCACGGUGGACGCCAAGGCGGCCGGCAAGGGCAAGGUCACCUGCAAGGUCAUGACCCCCGAGGGGGCGGCUGACAUGGACGUGGUGGAGAACCACGACGGCACCUUCGACAUCUACUACACCGCGCCCGAGCCGGGGAAGUACGUCAUCACCAUCCGCUGCGGCCAGAACAUCCCAAGAGGCCCGUUCCACGUGGUGUGAGCUUCCAACGAGCCGGUGGCUCCCAGAGACAGCGUGGACCCCCUCUUCCGCCUCAACCUGGUAGUGCCCUUCACCCCACAGCAGGGAGAGAUCACAGGUGAAGUGCGUAUGCCCUCAGGCAAGACGGCCCGUCCACACAUCACAGAUAAAGACGGCACCAUCACUGUCAAGUUCCAGCCCGCUGAGAGAGGCCUCCACGAGAUGGACAUCAAGUACGAAGGAACCACAUCCCAGCCCAUGCAGUCUUACGUCGACGCCACCAACAGCAUAGUGACAGCCUACGGGCCAGGCUUGAGCUAUGGCAUGGUCAACAGGGCGUCCACCUUCACCGUGGUGACCAAGAACGCAGGAGAAGGGGGUCUCUCGCUGGCGGUGGAGGGCCCUUCCAAGGCGGAGAUCACCUGCAAGGACAACAAGGACGGCACCUGCACCGUGUCCUACCUGCCCACCGUGCCCGGAGACUACAGCGUGAUCGUCAAGUUCGACAACAAACACAUCCGCAGCCCCUUCACCGCCAAGAUAGCCGGGGACGACGCCAUCACCCGGACGUCUCAGUUAAACGUGGGUACGGCGGCCGACCUCUCUCUGAAGAUCGCGGAGACGGAUUUGAGCGUUCUGAGCGCCAGCAUCAGAGCGCCGUCGGGGAACGAGGAGCCCUGUCUGCUGAAGAGGCUGCCCAACAGGCACAUCGGCAUCUCCUUCACGCCGAAGGGUGGGGAGCACGAGGUCCACGUGAGGAAGAGCGGCGCGCACGUGGCCAACAGCCCCUUCAAGAUCAUGGUGGGCCAGUCGGAGAUCGGCGAGGCCAGCCGCGUCAAGGCCUUCGAGGGCCUGACCGAGGCGCACACCUUCGAGAUGGCAGAGUUCUUCGUGGACACCAGGAACGCAGGUACGGCCUGUCGUCUGAACAGGGAUUCAGAGUUCACCUGCAUAGCCCCC